AUGACAUCGGCGCGCUUGACCCAACUUAAAAAACACCUAGGAGGCGGGGGCUCACAGGUACCAGAUGUCGAAGGACCAACCCCGUACAAGGUCAUCGAACAACCACUGGGCACGGCCAAGAAAAUUCGCAUCAUCACGAUAGGCGGGGGAGCUAGUGGUUUAAACAUGAUUCGGACCUUGCGUAAACAGCUCACCGAUUACGAGCAUGUGGUAUACGAAAAGAAUCCAGAGGUUGGGGGUACGUGGUACGAGAAUCGCUAUCCUGGCUGCAAAUGCGACCUACCAUCGCAUAAUUACCAAUUCUCCUGGAAGCCAAACAAGGAAUGGAGCAGCUUCCUGUCCCCUGCUGAAGAAAUCCAGGCUUACCUCUGCCGGUUGUGCGAUGACGAAGGCCUUCGCAGUCAGAUCAAAACUAAUCGUCUCGUGACUGGAGCGUAUUGGGACGAAGGCCCCGGACUUUGGACCGUUAGAAUCAAGAAUUUGCAUGAUAAUACGGAACUGGAAAGGCAAUGUGAUUUCCUUCUGAAUGCAAGCGGUGCACGAGAAUUGGUCCACUUCAUCCGUGGGCCAACGUGGAUCGUGCCGCCACGAGUUCAGGUGCUGUCAGCCAGCAAAGCAAAGCAUAUCAUGGAGCAGAUCCAGCUGGAUGAAGAUGAAAGAUUCACUUCUGCCCAGAUCGAGAGAUUCAAAUCCGACCCUGAGCUUUACAGGUUAUUUGUAAAAGCUAUAGAGGAACAAGUCAACAGCAAUUUCUCUAUUAUCUUGAAAGAUUCGGAGACUCAUAAAGAGGCCACGCAGGCCGUCACCCAUUAUAUGCGCUCUGCGCUGAACAAUGAUGAGAAGCUCAUGAACGUCCUUAUCCCUUCCUUUCCCCUAAGCUGUCGUCGAAUGACUCCAGGUAUCGAUUAUUUAGAGUCCUUGACGACGCCCAAUGCGAGAGUCGUAACAGAAAGCAUCGCACGUGUGGUUCCAGACGGACUGGUGUUGGACUCCGGAGAACAUAUUGUGGUCGACGCUGUCGUCUGUGCUACCGGAUUUGAUGUCUCAUUCCGUCCUCGAUUUCCGAUUGUGGGGCGAGGGGGAAAUCUUGAGGACGUGUGGGCUAGGAAUUUGCCCAAAGCUUAUAUGUCUUGUGCAGUUCCUGACAUGCCAAAUUACUUUGUCUUUCUCGGCCCCAACGCCCCGAUUGGACAUGGCAGCGUAUUUACGAUAGCCGAGCUGCUCGCGAAGUACAUUGCCGGUAUCAUAAAGAAAUGCCAGACUGAGGGUAUUCGCUCUAUUUCUCCUAGCCUAGAUGCCGUCAACGAGUUGCAUGAGCAUACACAGGCUUUCAUGCCACGAACGGCCUGGGCGGGAACCUGCAGGUCUUGGUACAAAGGCGAUACAGAAAGCGGACCGAUUACAGCACUUCAUCCCGGAAGUAGAAUUCAUUUUUUCCAUAUGUUGAACCACUUCAGGGGCGAGGAUUGGGAUUACGUUUAUGAGAAGAAGGGAAAUCGCUUUACUUACCUUGGCAAUGGCUUAUCAACCAUUGAACUUGACGGGUCAGAUUCAACGUGGUAUUUGGACAAUAUGGACAGCGGCAUCUAG